CCGAUUCUGUCCAGCAGCUCAGUGAAUGUAUUGUGGGGAAUCAGCUACCUCUGCGGGCCGAACCGAGCCGGGCUGCUGGAGGUGGAGUCCAAACUUUACCCAACCUUCAGGACGGGGCGGUGCAGGGAGGAGCAGCACAGAGACUUCCUAAAAACAGGUUCCUGUCGUCUGCUCACGCACGUUGUUCUUCCUCAAGUUCUAAAACUCCAGCAAGAGCCGAACUCGUCCAGACCUGGACCCGCAAUUUUCGCUCUGGCCGCUGAUGAACGUCUACCUUACCAGUUCUAGACCGCCUGGAUGGAGACGGACCGUCUGCUGACCGGGGCUGAGGACCAACACAGCGGGGACUAUGGCUCCGGCCCGGCCAGAAGUGGCGGAGAUUCGCGGGGCAGCAGGCGGAUGUCUUACUCUACUACUAGGGACUACUGCCGUUUGGAUGGAGAUGAUGAGGACCUGUACAUCCAGCAGGCAGUUGUUUUUGUUGAAGAUGCCAUUCAUUACCGCUCCAUCAACCACCGGGUGGAUGCCAGGUCUCUUCGUCUCUAUCGAUGGUACUACUCAAGAAUAUGCCAGUGGUGAGUUUGCACUUUUCACCAGCUUUGACUAAUAU